AAAUAUUUCAGCAUGAAAACAUGGUCCUGAACCAGUGGACUUGUGUGUUGAGUUUAUGAACAGGUGUUGUUUAUGUAAUUAGUAAUUAAUUUGUUCGCGUUGUUUGAAAAAUUAUGAAAAACGGUUACAUUUCCGAUUAUUUUAUUAAAAAGAAGUGACUAUCAAUGUAUUUAAAAUAAGUUAUCGAUUAUGUUGUGAAUCAUGAUCCUUUUUUGGCGACUUCAUUGGCUUUGGUGCUAUUGUGUUUUACAUUCGAAUCUGAUUAUGGCAAUCGCGGUGCUGGCAGCUGGCGAAGAAGAGACAACCUCAGCGUACAAAAAGAUGUUACCGGAAACGGCUAGAGAAUCGAUGAAAUUCUCAAAUCCGAAAUAUAGCUCGAUAUUGCGAGGUACCCAGAGUGGUGACGACUCCAGACGCCUCGGAUUAGAUAUCGUGAAGAAAAGCAACGAUCAUUUGGAGAAAAAGACAGCUCCGAAUAGCGUGAGCCGAGUAAUAGCUACGCAGCCCGAAACUAAUCAAAGUACUACAGAGUCAGUCGACCAACAGAAUCUUGACUUGGAUGAUUUUAAUGCAUCGCGUAAUGCUCGUGAUUUAACUUACGAUACGAUCAGCACGAUUAACGGUACAAUAGCCCAGGGUACUGCUAAUAAUUCGGCUACUAAAGGCGUUUCGUCGACGAAAAACGAUACUGCACAUGAGGCGAAUACCACCGUCGCCGAUAAUAAUUCUAGUACGACCAUAAUAAAUACCACCUCAGCGUCCGUUUCAAAUAACUCCGCCGAUAAUAAUUCUUCGUUAAGCGUCGUCGGAUCGUCGACAUCGAUUAAUAAAAGCGUCGCACCUAAAGGUGCUAGUUCUAAUGUCGGCGGUGGUUUGCCCACUGUACCGACGGCCAUUUUGAAAAAUCCUAAAGAUAACGAAAACAAAACGAAAAUCGAUUCGAAUUCCACGUUCGCCAAAAAAUUCAGCAUCAACGUCAAGGUCAAAAAUACGACAUCGGAUAACGCCUCAGCGCCGGAAAAAUCGCCGAAAAUAUCAAACGUGUUGGUCUUGAACGAAACUCACGAUAACUCUACCGAUUACAUUAGUGACCAGUGGCAUCUAAAUGAGACGUCCCAUGAUUACAAUGUAACCGAAGAUAAUUCGAAGAAUAUUACGUUAUUAACCGGCCUAGCCGAAGAAGAUUUCAAUACGAACGAAACGAAAAUAUCGUCCACCAGUCGUCGUACGAUGCCCGAAAGUCCACCUCUGAGCACGCUUAACAUCGCACUAAUAACGGUAGCAGCAUUUGCGGUCGUUUCCACCGUCUCCAUCAUUGGAAUGGUAUCGGUUAUGUUGUAUCGAAGAUAUCACUGGAACAAACCACAAACUCUGAGCGAUAAAUGUAGUAAUGCAGACUCUACUGGCUAUAUCGACGAUAGUACGUUAAAGGAAAAUUCAGAAGAAAUGUACAGUCUGGAUAACGACUCGUUCUUAAACAGUCUCGAAGCUAUGACUAUACAGAACUAUUGGGCUGGCAGUAUCAGACACACGAAGCUAUAAAUGUUUCCAUCAUUGUAUUUAUUAUUUUGUACUUAAAAAUUAUGUAGAAUGAGGAAGAAAAAAUCUUCAAUGUCCAUAAAUUAGGGUGAAUAAUAAUUUUUCUCAUAAUGUUUAGUUCUUCACCUGUCUGUUUUUUCUUUUCGCUUUUUUUCUAUUUUUAUUUUUGUUGUCAUUUUUUUGUUUGUUUUGUUGAGUAUUUAUUUAUGUAUAAAUAAUAUUUUGGUUCAAUGCAGUUUGAUUCAUGAAAUAAUGGUAUUUCGAAACAAAUCUUAACAAUUAUGAAUUAUUUGAAAGGUACUUUAAAGUAGCUUUUAAUUAAUAGAAAUUCACAACGUUAAAUUAAUCCUCAUGUUAAGAUCUGUUUUAAAAUACCUACACCUAUUUUUUUUUUUUUAGUCCUGGCGACAGUUAGAAUUUUGUGUAUUUUGAAACCGUACGAUGUAUUAUCGUACAGUUGUAGAUUUUAAUCGGUUGUGUAACAAUUUUUUUUUUCUAAUGUACUCUCUUGUUACCUGUUAACAUGUAGCUUAAUUCUCGACACAAUAGUCGAAUAAUUAUUGAUUUAGUUACCAAUUAUUUAUUGUAAAUCAUGUAUUAUGUGAAGGUAACUGCUGUAACGUAGUUCAUAUCAUAAUUAAUUGUAUUAACUUGUAAGGAAACCGAAUAGUAUUAAGGAAUGUAUCGCUGUGAUAUCGUAUCCGUGUUCUUAAUGCACGGUCGGUCGUCAUCGUUGAAAAGCUAUAUUCGCGAGAUGAAUGAUCUCAAAAAUUAAUUUUGAUCAUGGCUUAUUCAGUAUUUUUUUUCAUUGUUCCUUUGACAAAAAUGAGGGAUUUUUACAUGUACAGUUUAUGUAUUCACCAAAGCUUCUAUCUAGUCCAAAGGAUGAGUGUAUUACAUUGAUUUUCAAACUUUGUGAAUACUGUGUAUGUAUUUUUUUUUUUUUGCAUGGUAGAAUCACUCGUUAUUCGUAAGAUGUAUUAACUUCUUUUUGUCUAACUCUACACAUAAUUUUUAAAUUAAUGUAAAACGUUAUUCUAAUAGUAAUAAAUAUUUGUACGUGUAUAUUUUUUCAAUUCGUCUGACGUUAAAAUAAAUAUGAUUCGUAAUAUUCCAGCUCUCUCGUGCGGUUUAUGAAUUGAUCGAAGGAACAGGUAGGUAUCGUAAACGAGAUCUUUAGGAAUGCUCAGGUAAAUUAUCUGGAAAUCACACCUCGAGGAUAUUUUUCCGAUGAUUAUAAAGAUCGGAAUUCAAGACUAGAGUUUACCUACUAGAGACUAGAGUUUUUUCUCAAUUUUUUACAUUUUUUUACCUUCUAUGUGUACGGUUAUAGUGAAGCAGAGCCGCGCAGAGCCAAGCAAAGUCACUAACGUUGAAACAUGGAUAAAAAGGUUGACGAGACCUUUCACCAACGCAUAGCCACGCUUUCAAGAAUGGCAAUCGCUAUUCUUUACAGCGCGGCUCUGCUAGGCUCGUCCUUCCACCUUUUUUCCAUGUUUCUAGCUUGGUGACUUUGCUUGGCUCUGCUCGGCUCUGCUUCACUAUAACCGUACACUUAGACACUAAUUACUAAUUCGAAGAGCGAGCACUCGAGCAACGAGAGCUAUUUUAUUUUACCUUGAAAUUUAACCAGGGUAGACGAUUCAACGACGUGAAGUUUCCCUUCGCCGGAAUUUAUUAGAAUAGUAAAAUUUUCAAGCUGUAGAAAUGGCUAUACUAAUAUUCUUAUCGAAACAAAAUUUGUGUUAUCUGUAAUCAGGUAAAUUAUGAAGUAUUGGAAAUGUUUCUAGAAAAGUGCAGUUAAUUGAGGAAAUCAAGUACUAAAUAUUGUGAAACGUUCGCAUUCGCAUCUCUCGUGUCCUUAUAUUCUUGAAAAUCUG